AGUUAUUAGUCUGUUGCCAUAGUGCCAAGGUAGGCUGUUGUUGUCUAGUGAAUUGUUGAAAUGCAGUCUUUGUGAAAUUUGUCAGAAAUGACAUUGUGUAUUGGCCUAGUAUAAAAAUCAAAUUAUGACAAGGCUAAGCAACCACUAUGUUAUAUAUAUUUUUUUUUCGUCCUGAAAAUUUAGACUCAGUCAUGUCAAAAAAAAAAGUUUUGUUUGGAAGGACUUGAGCUUCUUUUUCCCGUCAACAAAACAUGGCUGAUCCCAAAGAGCAACCACAGGACACACCUGCCACUGACAACAAGCCCGAGCUUGAUGCUGCUGCUGCUGCAAAGAAGGCAGCAAAGGAAGCCAAGCAGAAAGAAAAACAGGCCGCCAAGUUGGCUAAAUUCCAAGCAAAACAAGCCAAGCUUAAUGAGGCCAAGAAGGCUGCCGGAGACAGUAACAAUGCCGAGAAAAAAAAGAAGAAGGAGUCAAAGACCUCUACACCUGUCUUUGUUAACAAGACACCCAAGGGCGAAAAGAAAGACAUGUCUGAUCCUAUGGCUAAUGCUUAUGAUCCUCGUGCUGUCGAAAGUGCUUGGUACGACUGGUGGGUUAAGGAAGGUCUCUUCAAGCCUGAAUUUGGUCCUGAUGGAAAGCCAAAGCCUGAGGGUACAUUCGUUAUUCCUGCCCCUCCACCAAAUAUUACUGGUUCCUUGCAUAUUGGUCACGCUUUAACUGUGGCUAUUCAAGAUGCAUUGAUCCGCUGGCAGCGUAUGUUGGGCAAGACCGUCCUUUUCAAUCCUGGUACAGAUCACGCUGGUAUUUCAUGUCAAUCUGUUGUUGAAAAGAUGUUGUGGAAACAAUCAAAAAUUACUCGCCAUGAUCUCGGACGUGAAAAGUUUGUUGAAAAGGUGUGGGAAUGGAAGGAACUCUACGGUAACAAGAUUCAUACCCAAUUUGAGCGUCUUGGUGCCUCAUUUGACUGGGACCGUGCUGUGUUCACGAUGGAUCCUAAACGUUACCAUGCUGUAGAAGAAAACUUUAUCCGUCUCCACCGUGAUGGCAUCAUUUACCGUGCUAACCGUCUUGUCAACUGGUGUGUUGCCCUUAAUACCACCUUAUCCAAUUUAGAAGUCGAAAAUAAGGAAUUGACGGGUCGUACUUUAUUGAACGUUGCUGGAUACGAUGAAAAGGAAAAGUUUGAAUUUGGUGUUCUCAAUGAAUUUGCUUAUCAAGUCGAGGGAUCAGACGAACGCGUUGUUGUUGCCACCACCCGUAUCGAAACCAUGUUGGGUGACACAGCCAUUGCCGUCCACCCCAAUGAUGAACGCUAUAAGCAUCUUCACGGUAAAUACGUCGUUCAUCCAUUCAUUGAUCGUCGUAUUCCUAUUGUCACCGAUGAUAUUGCCGUCGAUAUGGCCUUUGGUACUGGUGCUGUCAAGAUCACACCUGCCCAUGACUUCAACGAUUACGAAGUAGGAAAGCGCCACAAUUUGGAAUUUAUCAACAUUCUCAAUGAUGAUGGUACCUUCAACGAACAUGCUGGUCCUUAUAAAGGCAUGAAGCGCUUCCAUGUUCGUAGACAAAUCGUUGAAGACCUUAAGGCCAAGGGCUUAUUUGUUGGUGUAAAGGAAAACCCUAUGAGUGUUCCUGUCUGUAGCAAGUCUGGUGAUAUUAUUGAACCUUUGAUGAAGCCUCAAUGGUGGGUCAAGUGUCAAGGUAUGGCUGAUAAGGCUAUGAAGGCUGUCACUGAUGGUGAGCUUAAGAUUUCACCCAAGGUUUCCGAAGGUGACUGGUUCCGUUGGUUAAGCAAUAUCAAUGACUGGUGUAUCUCUCGUCAACUCUGGUGGGGCCAUCGUGUUCCUGCUUACUUUGUCAAGAUUGAAGGUGAAAACAACGACCAGAUGAAUGACGAAUUGUGGGUCACGGGUCACAACGAAGAUGAGGCUCGUACCGCUGCCGAAGCCAAGUUCCCUGGCAAAAAGUUCACCCUUGAACAAGAUCCUGACGUUUUGGACACAUGGUUCUCUUCUGGUUUAUGGCCAUUCUCUAUCCAAGGCUGGCCCGAGCAAACAUUUGAUAUGGAACACUUUUAUCCUGCUAGCAUGCUCGAAACAGGUUGGGAUAUUCUCUUCUUCUGGGUUGCUCGUAUGGUUAUGCUUGGUAUCCAAUUAACUGGCAAGGUUCCAUUCAAGGAAGUUCUCUGCCACGCUAUGAUCCGUGAUGCCCAUGGACGAAAGAUGUCCAAGUCGCUUGGUAACGUCAUUGAUCCCGUUGAUGUCAUCGAAGGUAUUACUCUUCAAGGUCUUCAUGAUAAAUUAAGCCAGGGUAACCUUGACACUAAGGAAAUCAAGAAGGCAAUGGCUGGUCAAAAGGCAGAUUUCCCCAGAGGUAUUCCCCAAUGUGGUACUGACGCUCUUCGUUUUGCUCUGUGUGCCUAUACCACUGGUGGCCGUGAUAUCAACCUUGACAUCUUGCGUGUUGAAGGUUAUCGUAAAUUCUGUAACAAGUUGUGGAACGCCACUCGUUUUGCCUUGAUGAAGCUUGGUGAUGACUUCAAGCCUAAUGCUUCUUCCGAGCCCAGUGGAAAUGAGUCCUUGGUUGACAAAUGGAUUCUCACAAAGCUUAACAAAUGUGCUAUUGAUACCAACAAGGCAUUAGAAGAACGCAACUUUAAGGCUGCCACAGAUGCUGUCUAUCAAUUCUGGCUUUAUGAACUUUGCGAUGUCUACAUCGAAGCGAUCAAGCCUGUUUGUGAUAUUGAUACUAGCAAGGAUGAAGCUGCCCACGCACGUAAAGUUACAGCUCAAAAUACUUUAUACACCUGUCUUGAGGCCGGCCUUAAGCUUAUGCAUCCAUUCAUGCCUUUUGUUACUGAAGAACUGUUCCAACGUCUUGUCCGUCGCCCUGGAGACAACAUUAUGAGUAUUGUAAAGGCCAAGUAUCCUACUGAAAAUAAGGCAUUUGACUUUACUGAAGCUGAAAAGGACUUUGACACUCUUUUUGAAGGCGUCAAGGUCAUUCGUUCAAUUGCUACUCAGCUCAUGUUAAAGAAGAACAUUGUUGCUGCUGUACAAACCAGCGAUGCUACUCUCUUCAAACUUUAUGAAAGCCAAAAGCAUACUAUUGUUGCCUUGGCUAAAGGUGUUACUGAAUUAUCUAUUUUGGAUGCAAGUGCAGAAUCCCCUGUAGAAAGUGAAUCUGGGUCUGUCGGUGAUAAUGUUACUGUGUUUAUUCGUAAACAAUCAAGUGAUAACUAAUAAAUUGAUAUGCUUCAUUAUUGUUCUUGUCGU